UUAAAAACAACUCUGAGAUGCACUCUGGGCGCGGUGCGCAGCGCGCGUAGGGCUGCCCUAGGGACCAGGAUUUGCGGCGCAGCCGCGCACACAUGUUGGCCGUCGGUACGGCCGGUAGCAGUCCGGCAUGAUGCUUUGGUUGGUGCUGUUGUGGCGCCCGGCGGCAGCUUCCAAUUGGGAGCAGGAGAUGACGCCAGGGCAUAUCAGUUCAUCCGGCCUAGAGUGCACUUCCUACAACGAAUGGCGCGCCUGCCUUACCGGCACCGAGUCGUCCAUCACACUGACCACCAACGGCGUCACGGUCGCGUGCACCGACCCGACGGAGGCGGCCGCCAUCACCACCUACAUACGCGAUUGGACGCAGUCCGGAGAAAACGGUCUCGAUCAAGUCCUGUCUUGCGACGGCGUCUCGUGGGCUUUUGGACAAUGCGGGGGCAAUAAUCCAUCAUUGGAGAUCCGCGCCGGUGGGGGCACAAAGAUCUGCGAUGGAGAUUGUUUUGUUAGUUCUUCGGAGAUCGUUAUGCGGCCGUGCAUAGACAACGAAAACUGGGGCGGCGGCAACGGACCAACGUGCGGCGACCGGAACAACUUGAUCCAACCAACCCAGACCUUUGCUAUCUCGACCGGAACGUCCUCCCAAUCCUCCCAAUGCGGUGGUGGUAGCGACUCUUCCACGCCUGCCACGCCUACGGGAUUGUUCACCUUUCAGGCGGGCCGCUGCUACCCUCAGUCCGAAGCGUCGUAUAUAAACACCGGUGGUACUAUGGGCAGUUGGCCAGUAAACGUCAUAGAGUUAGGAUCGCCCCAAGAAUGCUAUGAUUGGUGCGUGGACAAUACCGGCACGAACACAAUGAACGGGGUUCCUAUCUAUUAUAUGGGUCUUCAGUUGGAGUUCACUGGUUACAGCUCCUCAGGCCACCAGUGCAUGUGUAAUCGCCCGAGUGCCAAGGCUCGCGAGAGGGGAGACCAAAAUUCGAUUUGCGCACAGGCAAAAAAGCCAAGGAUGACUACAACGGCCAGAUAUCUUGUAAGAGACCCGCCGGGACAUCGACGGCGAUCGAAGACAUGGACUGGUCCUGGAUGACUGAAGAUUAUGUCUGUUUCCUGGAGGACUUUAACGCCGACGCUGAGCUAACGGAGAACUGCGCCGGACAGGGCGAUGCCGACGGCGGCGGCAAUGACGAUGGCGGCGGCAAUGACGAUGGCGACUCGGACGACAACUCCCUCGCGGUGAUCCUGGGCGUCGUCGCAGCGGUCGUCGUCGUCGUGGGUAUCGUCGUAUUUGCGAUAAUGAAGCGGCGCAAGUCGGCGAAGCCUCCGUCCGCGGCCGCGACGCCGGCGCACGAGCCGACGGCGCCGAUUAAGGCCCUCGAGAUGAUGGCCGAGGAGGCGCCGUCGUCGGCACUCGUCGCAGAGGAGCCCCCCGUCGCGGAGGGCAGGGCGGCCGAGGCGGUGGCCGAGGAGCCCGCAAGUGCCGAUGCGGCCACGAUGUAUCAUCGCAUGCAGGUUUGGUACAACGACGCGCCGGAGACUGCGGCGCUCCGAGCCGCGUGGGGCGCAUAUCCGACGACGCCGCGUGCGCUGGAGGCGUGGUCGGGCUUCGUCACGGUCACGAACGCAUUCCUCGACCAUGCGGGCCCGCCGGUUGCCCCCGCAGCAAGUCCGCCGGAAGCGGAACUUGAACCGGAAUGCUGAUCAAGCAAUACCCUCUUUCCUCCAAUUCACAGAGAACUCCUCAUUCCUACCUGUUCAGUGACGCGCUCUAGAUACGCAGCACUAACAUACUUCGUAAACGUGAUAU